AUGUACAUACUUCAUAAGUACCGCAAGACAUUGAUAGUCCUCGGUGUUGGCUUGGUCGCGGUAACAGCUGGCACCAUAUACUAUGUGAAGUAUCGGAAGAAGCGUGAAGAAAAGGGUUUGAAGAAAGCAGUGAAACCCGGCUCCAAAGCAGACCCGAGUCUCGGCAAGUCUACAGAAGAGCGGCCUUCUGAUCUACCAGCUUCACAAAAGCCUGGGCAAGAAGAAGCCAGACCCUUUAGAACUGUUCCGGAGGAUAGCGAUCACCAUGGAGGUGACUCGACAAUCUCGGUGUCGCUCUCACGCAGGCGGCCUUUCAAAAAGGCUUUGAGCCUCAAAGAAAUACUGGACGAUGCUCCUCCCACAGGGAGGAAGCAUAGGGACAGAGGGUCAUCGAGUUCUUCAAACCAGAAAUAUCAACAAAAGGACAAGCCAAAGAUAAAACCUAGCGAGGUAAAGAAGAAACAUACCGAUGGCAAAAAGUCAAAGAAAAGUGAUAGAAGAUAA